GCAUCUUUGGUAAAUCUUUACUUGAUCAGCAUGACAAGUUUGGUACAAAGGAAAAGCUUCUGUCUGAAAACAAACUGAUUUCAUAGUAGGUGUAACUGCAUGGUCUUAAGGGAAAGACAUUCAUAUAAAUACAGAUGUCCAUGCAGCAUGCAGUUCAGGUGUGGUUUGGAGAUGAUAUUCCUUUAACUCCACGAAAUCCUCUGACUCCCAGACAUGGCCCGGGCUUGGCAGAUGUUUGCCUGUAUGAUCAGUGGAUAUCUGUGCGGCAUGAAGCAACACUGGUGCCUAUGCAGGAAGAUCUAUCAAUCUGGCUAUCUGGAUUGCUGGGGGUAGAAGUUGCAGCGGAACGGUUGCUGGAAGAGCUUGAUAAUGGUGUACUACUCUGCCAGUUGGUUGGUGUCCUUCAAAGUACAAUGAAAAAAUGCUGUAGCUCAAAGGACUUAAGGAAUUUUCCUAUGAGACGUGUCCCAUGUAAGAAGAAUGCACCAUCAGGAUCCUUCUUUGCUAGAGAUAAUACAGCCAACUUCCUUAACUGGUGUAGGUGCAUUGGAGUUGAUGAGACUUAUCUCUUUGAAUCUGAAGGUUUAGUUUUGCACAAGGAUCCAAGACAGGUGUAUCUCUGUCUACUGGAAAUUGGUCGCAUUGUAUCGAGGUAUGGAGUUGAACCUCCUGUGCUAGUAAAACUGGAGAACGAAAUUGAGUUAGAAGAGACAUUGUUAAUGACCUCUGGGCCUGUAACAUCUCUCAGCACCCCAAAGUCAUGUUGCCACCAUGGGGAACUGCAUGAAGCAGUUAAGCACAUAGCAGAAGAUCUUCCCUGUAGCUGUUCCCAUAGAUUUUCGAUUGAGUACUUAUCUGAAGGACGUUAUAGAUUGGGGGAUAAAAUACUCUUCAUACGAAUGCUGCAUGGAAAACAUGUGAUGGUACGUGUUGGUGGAGGCUGGGACACUCUUCAAGGUUUUCUUCUCAAAUAUGAUCCAUGUCGAGUGCUGCAAUUUGCAACUCUGGAGCAAAAAAUCCUGGCAUUUCAGAAAGGUGGCCCCAAUGAAGACACCCCUGAUUCAUCAUCUAGAACUCUGCAGCCUCCUUUCAUGAAUCCCAUAUUGGCUAUUAAUAUGUUUCAGAAACAAAAUUCAAAACCACCCACUCCUGUUUCAGUUAUAAAAGCCGCUCAGGUGGCCAGUGGUAAGCAGGCAUUAUCUAAACGUCCACAGUCACCUGCCUUGUCAUCCCCAAAAGGGGCAACCAAGUCCAUAUUAGCUCGUUCCAAGUUACAAGGAUCUCCAGCAAAGGGUGCCCAAUCUCCUUUCAGAUCCUUAACAGGUGCUUCAAAGAAACUGGAUUCUUCUGCACGCAACUUACCAACUUCUGCUAUUUCAAAACUUGCACAACCUACAAACAAAAGUUCUUCACCUGCAUUAUUAAAUACUGCUCCUGAUUGUUCAGGGCCACUGCGCAAACGCAUCUGGUCCCCUGAUACUCCUAAUGUCAAACUUGCACCAUCCCAAAAUUCUCCAGCAACAAUUUUACAUCCUACCCUCUCUUGUUCUACAAGUCAGCUUUCAGAAUUACCUGGGACAAGAGAAAUGAUGGCUUCAAAACAAAAAUAUGCUCCUUCUAAAUGCAAAACUAUAUCUAAUUCCAUCACCAAACCUAAUUCUAUUGCUUCAAAAUCCUCAUCAAAAUCUGCUAGGCCACCUAACGCAAAUCUGCCUGUUGUUUCUAAGCCUUCACAUUCUUAUCAGUCUCUUGCAAAAAUAGCAAAACCCACUUCCAAAAGUAACAAUGAAGCAUCAGGAAUAGGGUCCAGGCCUCCCAGAAGAGUGCCACAAACAGGAUCUGGCCCAGGGAGGAAUCUCAGAACCACUCCGGUCUUAAAACAGCCAGAUUCUGCAUCUUCGCUUGCAGCUGGUGAAACAUCACAGUUAAUGCCUCCUCUGGAAUCUCCAAGCAAGAACGUAGCUUCAGCUGCUAAUAAACAGCCUGCAGUAAAGUGUUUACGGGGACAAGAUAGCAGUAGAAACCCACAGAUAGGAUCCAGUUUAUCAAAACAUCCUGAACGCACUCCAUUAUCUGUUGUACGACUUCCCCAAACUUCAGCCAAAGCACAAACGACAAAAAAGACGGCACAGCCUUCCACAACAAGUCACUCCUCAAUCAAAACCUCCCAAAAGAGUGAUGAAAUCCUGGCUUCAACAGCCAAGAAACCCCUCUCAAAGGGAAAGACUACAAUAGCAUAUGGCAAGGGGACCGCUGGUGUAUUAAAAAAUCCUAUUUUGAAGGCUAAACAAGAUGAUCACUAUUUUGUUAUGACAGGCAAUAAGAAACCCAGAAAGUAAGCAGAAAUAUGGUGCUUUCCAUUUACAUAACACUACACUAAUUACAAUGGUAACACUUUUAUGUCUCAGACAUGUAUGAGACCUAAGUGUAUUUUUUUUUUUUCUAUAGGAUUAUUACUAUAUACUCUGUCCAUACUUUGUAGUUAAAUACUGUUCCACUUUUAUUACAUAUGAAAAGUAACGUUACUUGCUAUUCAUCAUAACACAGUACAGACAGAGUACACCAGUUUGGUGAUUUAAGGCUGUUUUGGUUUUGGAGAGGACGACUGUUGCUACUCUCCUUUAAUGGAUUUUAGCUUAUUCUAGAUAUUUCUCCAAAGCAGGAUCCAGAUGACAAUUCAGAACACUCUGGUACAUCGGUGUCAAGUUCCUGCUGUUGCUAAUUACAUUACAUAUACUGUACAUGUAUAAUUGAUAUCACUAAAAGCCAACGUAUUUGAAAAUAAAGAUAACAGGAUUAACCCUUUCAUUGCACUAAUUGAGCAAACUAAUUUAUCAAAUUUUGGAUAGGCAGUUGAUACAGAUCAGAGGAAUUAGGACUCUAGGCCAAAAUUUUCAAAUGGCUGGUGAUUUUUUUUUU